AUGCGCCUGCUUGAUCACCACACUGCGCGUGCGCCUCUCUACAUGCAGUGCGGCGCAUGCGCCGCUCUCGCACGGGAAUGCGCAUGCGCUCAUCGGGACACACCCGCAGUGGAUUCGCAGCGCACUACGCAUGCACUGUUCCCACCUCUGCACUGCGCAUGCGUCUUCGGCCGAAUUCGCACGGCGCAUGCGCCACAUUCUCCGUACUGCGCAUGCACCUACUCGGUCAUUCCACUCUGCGUGCGCCUCUCUACAUGCAGUGCGGCGGGCAGUUAUUUUGUGGUGGGCAUUAACUACCAGCCUCCAACUGUGGUGCCAGGUGGCGACCUUGCAAAGGUGCAGAGAGCUGUAUGUAUGCUGAGUAAUACCACUGCCAUUGCUGAAGCAUGGGCUCGUCUCGACCAUAAAUUCGAUUUGAUGUAUGCCAAACGUGCCUUUGUACAUUGGUACGUUGGGGAAGGAAUGGAGGAAGGAGAAUUUUCCGAAGCCCGGGAAGAUCUGGCUGCCCUUGAAAAAGAUUAUGAAGAAGUUGGGAUAGACUCUGUAGAAGCAGAGGCUGAAGAAGAGGAUGAAUACUGAAAAUGCCGAAGUAAUAGAAAGUGUGUUCUGUAACAGCAACAAAUGAAUUGCAGAAUCCUGUUCGCUUGCUUGCUUGUUUUCAGAUGCAGCUUUAAAUGUUGUACUGUUCAUUUUUUUCUUUGUUACUGUUUACACACACAGUUGCUGCGUAAGAACCGUUUGAAAUUACAGUUUUUGGUAGCAUCUAGUCUUGCACAACGUAAAGAUUCAAUUACAAACUUGUGUACGUGUCUGUAACACUGUAUUUAUCUAUUUAUCUAUUUAUCAAUUUAUCUAACUGUAGUAAGUGCCAUUACACUUUUGGUCUGAACUAGAAUAUUUGCUAAAAGCACCAAACUUGCUACUUAAAAAAAUAAAAUUAAAAAAAAAAAAAUGGGGAGACUCAGCAGACAAAAGGUAAAAUUUUCCAACCAGCGUGCCCCCUUACACUCAGUUCCACCUUGGAUAGAAGGAAAAUAAAAUGUCAGAUUACCUGCUUUACAAUAGUCAUGUUUUGAAUUCCUACACUGACCUAUGAAAUACUUAUGUGUCCUUUAAUGCACAACUCUGUGGACACUGUAAGCUUUGAUGAACUAAUAAAAAUUGGUCUUUUUUUUU